UCCAUCAAUGCAGGGUUACAACUGAAUUAACUCGUUUGUUGGCUAGGCGCUCCCUCGGUAGGUCCAAAUUUUGUGUUUUCUUUUUCCCCCUAAUUUCGUGAAAACAAUGCGCGUUAAAUUGGUUUGUUGCUAACAUAAGACUAAGUUAUGAAUUGUUUCCGCGCAUACAUCUUGAACAAGGUUUGCCAAGUGCUUAAGGGGCCAGCAGCUAAACACUGGACCAGCCGUAUACUGAAAGGGGGGAGUAGCUUGGUAGGGACGACCGCUAUUGGUAAGAGCUCUAAAGACAUUUACGCGAGAAUUAGAAGAGGGGAGAAGGAACCAAUGGAUCUACCGGAGUACGUUCUAGUUGGCUUUGGAAACCCGUUGCUGGACAUCACCACCACUGUGGAGGACGCGGCGCUGGUCGAGAAGUAUGAUCUGAGUGCCAAUGCAGCCAUCAUAGCCGAGGAGAGCCAUUUACCGCUCUUCGAGGAACUGACCACUCAAGAGUUCGUGCAGUACUCGGCGGGUGGCGCCUGUCAGAACUCCAUGCGCAUCUUUCAGUGGAUAGUGGGCCAGCCUUUUCGGGCUGCGUUCCUAGGGGCGGUGGGCAGGGAUAAAUUCGGGGACAUCAUAGCCAAGAGGGCGCUGUCGGAUGGCGUCGAGACCCGCUACCAAAUCAAAGAAGAUUUGCCCACUGGCACCUGUGCCAUCAUCAUAUCGGAUACGGAUCGCUCUCUGGUCGCCAAUCUCGGCGCCGCGGCGCUCUUCAGUGAAGAUUGGUUAGAUAUUGAAGAGAAUGUUUGCCUGCUGGAUCAGGCUCAGUUCUUCUAUGCCACCGGCUUUUUUUUAGCCGUCAGCCCGCAAAGCGUAGUUCGCGUAGCCAAGCUCUCGAGCGAUUCGAAUCGCUUCUUUGUGUUCAAUUUCAGUGCCGUAUUUGUGCUCCAGUCACACAAGAAUCACGUAGACGAUGCAUUGCCAUACUCUGACUUGAUCAUUUGCAAUAAGCAGGAGGCGUUGGCCUAUGCCAAUACGCACGAUUGGAAUACCACGAACAUCUUUGAAGUGGGGCGAAUGCUGCAACGUUUGCCCAAGUAUAAUUGUCGUCCACGCAUUGUCAUGAUCACUGAUGUCAACUGCCCAGUGAUUCUCUUCCAGGAGAACGACAAGCUACUCGAGUAUCCGGUGCCACCGAUCGACAAGAAAUUGAUUGUGGACACAAACGGCUGCAGCGAUGCCUUUGUGGGCGGCUUCCUCUCACAGCUGGUCCAGCACAUGCCGCUCGACUAUUGCAUACGCACGGGCAUUUUCGCCUCGCAGCAGGUCCUUCGCAUCGUUGGCGUUGAAAUCGAGAAGUUGCCGAAAUUCAAUGAGUCUUGCAUUUGAGGCUGACAUCUAUUUUCAGUCAGUGUUUCGCCAGCAAUCAAAUUAAUUAAUAAUCAAUCGGAAAUGCAUUUGCCUUUGACAACUUUCGCAUUUGAACAAAAAGUAUAUUUGUUAUAAAUCCCAACAUUUAAACAAUAUGUUUGCUGGACACACAACUUGCCUUAAGCGUUAGGGCCAGCAGCUGUAA